CCAAACCGAUAGCCUACCCUUUCAUAUUUGCCAGUAAACUCAAAAUGCCCUCGGAGGGCUGGGCUAAUAGUGGCGCCUGCGCAGUAUAAGUAAAUGAGUACUGCUACUCAUUGCUAGAAGAAGGGAGAGGCAGCUAGAGAGCGAGACGGGCAGAAGGGAACCCCGUCUACCUCCGUAUUAAAAUAAAUCAUUUAAUUAAAAAUUAAAAGGGACAAAAAAAAUCCGCACAGCCGGAGCAUCGUCGCCAUCGCUGCCGCAAGCUGUGCUGUCCGCCUGCCAUGCCAAGGACACGGCGAUGUAUUACUACUCCAGUCGGCCCAAAAUGAGUGCCAGCGCAGCUAGCGCAGCCGGGGCAGCGGGGGUGGGAGCUGGCGGGGCCGGGCGACUGCAGAACGGCAGUCGUUGCGCAGGGGGAGGCGGCUGCGGAGAGCUAGUGAACGGCGACGGGAGGUUCAGCGCCGUAGUGGCCACCGCUACUACCACCACCCCUACGGAAUGCUGUGACGCGGAGAGUUGCGUGGCGGAGGCCCAGACGAACAGCGACUGGGACAAAGCGUCUAUCGCGGCUGCUGCUUCUCCUUCUCCCCCCUGCACCAAUGCAGAGCCGGCCUCCGGGAGGCAGAAAAAGAAUAACGGCAGCACCGCGAGCUUCUUUGUGAACGGCGGCAGCACGGACGGCAUUAUUAUCACGCGCGAGCGAGCGGGUGCGUGUGGGCAGUACAGGGAUCCUGAUGGGCUCGCUGGCAGUGGUGGUUGCGGUGCGGUUGGCAGACAAAGCGAUGGACCAGGAGAAGAUAACGGCAUUAAUAUUGAUCACGAACCCGAAGGCUCGAGGCACGGGGGCGAGCGUCGGUGUUUUAUGGACCCUGCGUCUUCGAGAGUCGAGCGCAGAGCGUGCAAACCACAAGGCCCGGUCACCGGGAGGAGGAACUAUAACGCUAAAGGGCAGACCCAGACCGAGGGGGCUACUGCUGCCUCAAUGAUUGCCGCCGCAAGGUGUGGCCAUCAAAACGCCGAAUCGGCGAACAGUAAACGCCGGGGAUGCAGUUACACUCGCGUCUCCAAACGGGUGUGCUACGCAGGCACGGCCAGUGCGGCGGACUGCGGCAGCAUAGGCACAGGGAGUGAAACACAGCAGGAUCCCGGUGACACGCCGCGGAAUUUCCCCGAGAGUCACAGCAGCGGCGUCUCUGACAAGAGCAACGGCAACCAGUGGCAGGGAUCGGAACGAGGAACGGAAGACGUCGGUGUGUCGUUGUGUCAGGUUAGGCGCACCAGCGCAACUGGGUCUCGCAAGUCCAAUUCCACAGAGUGUCCGCGUGUGGCGGGUGACACUGCUAAUGUAAACAGCAACGACAUGAUGCCACCUUGUCAAACGUCAAAAGGACGUGUGAGACUGUACCGUGUGCGCUCAUUCCUAGCCAGCACCUCCGGAUAUCACAACGGCCACGGAGAGAACGAACACUGCAACUUGAAAGGGAGCAGCAGGCCCUCACCUCCCUCGCAAAACAAAGCCGUCAUACCCCGUAAGCACAGCUCCCCGGUGGCUGAUAUCAGCGAGCAUAGAGGGAACGGUGGCUCACAUGAGAGAGGGAGCUCUCCCCUAGACGUGGCGUUCCCCGAUAUUCCAGGUGCAGAUAGGUCAGACGCUGCCGAGGCAGAAGACACUCAGGUGAAACUGGACGCCCAGGUGGAGCGGGCGUCAGGCGAGGCGAGCCGACGCCAGGUAGAGCUCGAGGAGCGCUCGGAGCGCGUGCUCCGCCGCCUGCAGGCCGUGCAGGUGAAGCAGGUGGAGAGGCACGUGAGCCAGCAGCUGCAGGGCCUGAGCCGGAGGGUGUCGCGUGGGGGAUCUGGUGGCGAACGGAAGCCUGCUGCUGCUGCUGUGCUGUCCCACAGCUCCCGGAGGAGAGAGCUCAGUCGCCUGGCGCACAGCUGUAGCGAGGUGCUCUCGGCGGCAGGGGGCGCUCUGGACUCGGACCUCACAGCCAGCAGUUCCGGGGGAAGCAGCGAUAGUGAGGAAGAUGACGAUGACGAAGAUGAAGGAGCAGUGAUGAAAGGAUGGACACACACGCGCUCCGCCAAAGCAGUGCGGCGGGCAGCAGAGCUGCAGUGGGCUCAGGAGCGGGCGAGACUGGGCAGUAGGUGGGUCUGGCUACAGGCCCAGGUGUCCGAGCUGGAGUACAGAAUCAGGGCACUGACCGAGCUCUACACACACCUCCGCCAGGGCAAGGUGCGCACUGGUCCUGAAACACCUCUCAGAGCCCCCAGACCUCCCCCACCACAAAACAGCGCCACCUGCAGGUCCUCCUCUGCCGGUGAGCCCCUCAGGAAGACCAAGGCGGAAGACGCUGUCCCCUUCCCCCAACCCCUGCCACCCUCCGCUGCUCGCGUAUGUGCAUUGCCACGACUACGGCGGCACAAGCUCCUUCGCCUGGAGGCAUGUUCAGCCCUGGGGUCAAAGCCGGUGUCAUUGCCGUGUUUGUGUGAGCCUUCCAUGGUGUGUGUGCUGUGUGGCGGGGGACCGCCACAGCUUCCACCAGACCCACGAGAGUGUGUGGAACAACGGCGGUCUCGGUUGGACCUAUGUGUGCAUCCAGUUCUUACGCUCCCUUCAGACAUUCCUUUAGUGGUUCAGUGUGGGACGUCCCCGCUGGUCGGCGGUUCCCAGAAUGCAUUGCAUCGGACGUGUGUGGCCCCCCAUGCCGCUGGUGUGGGUAGGCGGGGCCAGGGAGCUCAGAGGGCGGGGCGUGUGAGGAGGAGAUUAAUGUGUCCCCGCCCACCUAAUACACUCCCUCCACUCCAACACCGUACAGGUGGAACCAGUGGCAGAAACUACAGAGGUGUGAUAAGUCCUGGACUGCUGACUCAGCGAAUCACCGACCUCCCUCCCCUGUCCAUCAUGCCCCCAGUUCCAGGUGCAUCCAAUCAGCCCUUGCGCAGGCGUCGAGGGGAGAGCUCUUUUGACAUUGAUAACCUGGUGAUGCCCGUUGGUCUGGCAGGACUCGGAGCGCGAGUGCAGAAACUCCAAUACAAGGAGAUCAUCACUCCCAGCUGGAGGGAACUGGAUGAUGAGAGGGAGGUGUCACAUCCUGCUCUAUUGGACUCCACUGUCUCACACCAGCAGGAAGAGCUUCAGGGAGAUGCAGAGUCAGAGGAGGUGGAAGACCUGUCUGAUGGAUCUUUUCUCAGUCGUCAUGCUGUGUGUGAGAACAGAGAACGGGGUCGCUGGCGCAACUUGGCACACAGACGUCGCCGUGGCAGGUCCUCUUCGUUCCACGGUGAGGGCAGGUGGAGCUCGAGGUUGCUGGAGGGGUCGUCGUGGUCUCCGGACGCCAGACACCCUACAGAGUGGGAGAGCUCUCCAGCCAGCCCUUUCCCCUUCAUAGACCCAGAGGAUGCCAGCCUCUUCCAGCCUGAAGAGGAACAACAGGUGAUGUUGCCAUGGGAACGCCGGACGUUCCCGCUGUUGGAAGCGGAGCUCGCAGCGUUGCAGGAAGAGGAAGAGGAGGAAGAGCUUUGCGAAGGCGAAGGCAGCGGACGCAGCCAUAGCACUGAUUCGGGCAUCUCUCUGGGCAGCCUGGAACUUUCCCCGAGGACCCCUCAGCCAGCAGCACUCCCCCCGGCAACCAGCUCAACUCAGGACACUCCGUGCCCCGCGCGCUCGUCAAUCCCCGCCACCUUCCUCCUCCGACCCCCUCUCUCACCCCACACCCUGCUUUCACAGUGAGAACCUAGUCUAGGUCAGACGAAUGAGAACGCAGCCUAGCCCAGUCGAGGUCAGUCGCUUCCUCAAUGAGAACCCAACCCAGUCGCCCAGUCUAGAGCAGACGCUCCUUGAAUGAGAACACAACCCAACCCUAGCCCAGUCGAGGUCUGUCGCCUCCUCAAUGAGAACCCAACCCAGUGUAACACAGCCCAGUCUAGAUUAAUCGCUUCCUGAUCCAGAACCAUGGCCAGGUGUUGCCUGGAAGUCGUGUCUAAACACCCUCAGCUCCUCACUACCGGUUUGACCCCCUACCUCACUUCUGUCUAUACACACACACACAUACACACACACACACCAUAAAAACAUAACCUCUCUCUCACACACACUAUACAAACAUAACCUCUCACACACACACACACACACACACACACACACACACACACACACACACACACACACACACACACACUCAAACUCAGUUGUUGCUCUCUCUUAAUGUAGGUAGUGUGUGAGUUUCCUUUCUCAAAAAAAGGUACAAGUUGGGGCCACGAUAGCUGGCUGGUCGUGUUUAAGUACACCUAUUCAUUUGGCCAGAAUGAGUAGCAAUGUGUUUGACGUUUCUGGCCUCCUUCAGGCCAUCUCCUACACCCAAGACUUGUUCUGUACCGUGACCCACGGAAGUCCAACAUCUCCUGUCCUCGUGACUUGGAAUGGAAAAAGAUGCUAUGGUUUCUGUUUGAGAUCUGCUUGACUUUUGGACAGGAGAAGCUCAGGGGUGCAUGUCAAAUAUGUGGUUCAAUGACAAACCACAAAGUUAACCCCAACAGUGACAAACGUUAACCCGAAAGACGUGGUAAACCUCUUAGUAGAAGACACCUAUGAUUCCGUUCUCCAACAAAACCGUCACAAGGCCCCUAUGUACCUCCAUAUCCUCUUGGUUAACUCACCCAGGUCUGUCACUAAACCAGCUACUUGGAAUACACCCCUGGUUCUUCUUCGCCAACAGGUGGCGCCCUCAUCUUUGAUCACAAGACUGGCCAGAUUGGUUCCAGUGUUAUCUGGCAUUUACACCUUAACCGAACACUCUACUUGCCCAGUAGCAUUCACUCACACACUAACCUAGAGCUACACACCCACACACACAUGCCUACACACCCACAGCAAUACACACUGUCCACCCUUGCCUUACAUGAUGUAGACAACAGCAGCCACUUCGACCCUUGUCUUUAUAAUCAACACAGACCAUACCCAUGCAGAGCCCCAACAUUCUCCAACGACCCUUCCUCCCUACACACAGUGUCCAUUUAGUAGUGUCCUUAGUAGGAUACAUGAUUGCGUACAGCCUUAUGCCCUGGUCUCACAGACUGCAACACUCACAACAGAGCAGUUCAUCUGUACUCCCUGCACUGCACACUAAAUGCAAGAACUCCACUAGUAAAAACUGAACACUAACGUCUCAUUCUUAACACUACAUCUAUUGGCACCUCCUGAAACUCUUUGUCUAGACUACACUACCCGAAACCCACUGCACCCCAGCACCUUAAAUUUGUACACUGCAAUACCCCCGAUACCCACAGAUCUCUGUAUGGCCUUUCUAUGGUUCACCUUCCUGAGAUAUUAUCAUACCAUUCUAUUUCUAGUGUCUUCUUCUUCCUCCUCUUCUUCUUCUUCUUCCUUUCUUCGCCUUGAAGGUCAUUACCCACAGCGCCCCCAGAACCGAAACCCCCCAGAUGGUCGAUUCUGACCUGAGCUUCAUCCAGCCCCCAAGUGGUCCAGUUUCGGUGGAUAUCUGGGUCCUCUGCCUGGCUGCAGCUGGUCUUUGGUCCCCCCCCCCCCCCCCACACACACACACACACACUCUUCCCACCCCUUCACCCAUCAUCUUCUCAGUGUCUCAGUCAGCACUGACUGGUUUGUUGACUGACUUAUUGAUCAUAAAUUACUUUUCCGUUAAUGAUUAAUUUUUGUUGUGUUUAUGUUUUAUGUUGUUUUUUUGUUUGUUUUCAUUUGGGGCCUGUCCAAACAUGGAUUCUAUUUGUGUUUGCCUUUGUUUACUUGUCUGUUUGUCUACUUGGGGUAAUGACUCUGACUGUUUGUUUGUAUAUGUGUGUGUGUCCACUGUGCCAUACGCGCACACACCCCAUCGAGCAUCUUACUUUGGCUCCAGAAAAACUGGAUAUGGCGGCUGAAUUUGGAAAAGGAUCUUUACUGACAUCUGGCUCUCAUCUAUCCAGCAGACGUCCAUGCCAGGCCAGGGUCAGAGUUACUCCACACUUCUGUCAGCUGCCUGAUGAUGCCAUCUCAUCAGAACAUCCAUACCUAGCACUCUCAUGAGCCGAUUUUGUGUGUGUGUGUGUGUGUGUGUUUGUGUGUCAACGGUUUGGACAGGUCCUUUGCACUGCUGACUGACCGAUGUUGUGUGUAUACAAAUGUCUCUUUUGUAAAAAAAAAAAAAAAACACACACAAAAGAACAUGAAGACUUAAAAAAAGCGCACAAUGCUGUCAAUGCAAAGACUCAAUAAAAGAGAAGUAAAGACAAA